UUGUCGGGCAUUCUGGGAAGGCGGAAAAAGCUCAAAAGCGUUUGUGAAAUCGACGUCUGCACGUUGCCGCAGUGUAGAAGACAAUCCCAAAAAACAAAGAAAACUCUUCCAAAUACGUAAACCAGGACCGACAACAUGUCUAUCGGCGUGCCUAUCAAGGUUCUCCAUGAAGCGGAGGGACACAUCGUGACCUGUGAGACGAACACUGGGGAGGUGUACAGGGGCAAGCUCAUUGAAGCCGAAGACAACAUGAACUGCCAAAUGUCCAACAUCACUGUGACCUACCGCGAUGGGAGAGUAGCCCAGCUGGAGCAGGUCUACAUCCGUGGGAGCAAGAUCCGCUUUCUCAUCCUACCAGACAUGUUAAAGAAUGCACCCAUGUUAAAGAGCAUGAAGAACAAGAACCAGGGAUCAGGGGCCGGGAGGGGCAAGGCGGCCAUUCUCAAAGCUCAAGUGGCGGCCAGAGGUCGGGGUCGUGGAGGAAUGGGAAGAGGCAACAUCUUCCAGAAAAGGCGAUAACUGCUGCAGAGGUCAACUGAAGAGUUUUGCAUUGUACAGACGUUUCUUUUGUUGUCCUUCGACGUUGGAAACAAUUGUCAUACAUUUGUGUUUUCUUUGUCAAUGUAACAAAGUGCUUUGCAGUUUUCUGCAUUUUUUUCUUUUUUUUUAAAUAAAACGCUUUUAACUUGUACACUUUUUUUCUUCAUUAAAACAUCCCCAGAUAUUUUAA